AUCGUCAUCACCACCUCAGCAUUGCCACCACCUGACCUGAGCCGUGUCCCGACGCCGUGUCCCCGUCGGCAGUACGUGCGCAUCGCCCGCCAUGGCUGAGGAGGGCAUGAUGAGCUUCAGCAUGGAGGGCGACUUUGAGGGCGGUGAGUUCGACGAGCAGGGGGAAUUCUGGUUCCGCAGCAAGAAGCAGAAGAAGCGGCUGUCCAAGGAGCAGGCCAUCUACGGCGUCUUUUACGACGAGGCGGCGAGUUCUGACGAGGAGGACAAGAGCUACAAGCGCCGCAAGAUGGCCGAGGUGGGCAGUGCGGUUCGGUUCGUGUCCAAGGGUUCCGUCGGCGGCACCAUCCAUGAGACCACCAAGCCGCAAACACGACCGUCGCCAUCACCGCUCAACCCGGACCAGGACAGCGAGCCAGAAGAGGACACCGACGGGCAGCCGCCAGAGGGAGAGGAGGACCGUGGUGGUGGUGGUGGUGAGCAGCGGGAGGAUGAAGACGAUGACGAGAUCGAUCCACGGUUUCAGUUCAAGGACAAGUCCGCUGCGGAGGAGGGUGUGGAUUCGGCUGCUGAUGCGGCGGGUGGGUCGAAGCAGAAGCACACGUGGGGUCAGCAGAAGAUGAGCAAGGAGUACGGCGUGGGGUUCAAGCUGCUGCAGAAGAUGGGAUACAAGGGAGGCGGACUGGGCAAGGGCGGAUCAGGUAGACAAACACGGAUGGAUGGAUGGAUGGAUGGAUGGCUGCACACACAGAUGUUUAUGUCUGCUCUGUCUGUCUGUCUGUCUGUCCUGCCUGCAGGCCGCGUCAACCCCGUGGAGGUCCGGCUCCGCCAGAAGGGCCGCGCCCUGCAGGACACAGGCGAGAAGAUCCACGAGAACGAGCACGACGGCCACAAGCCGCCCACCAAGUCGGCCGUCGAGAUCCUCCUGGGCAGCGGCGACAAGGCGGGCGCCUCGUCCGACCGCACCAAGGUGUCCGACGGCUGGAAAGCCAGCCGUGGCAAGAAGGGCGGCCCCAAGAAGGUCUACCGCACUGUGGCCGAGAUAGCCGAGGAGACCAGGGGCGCGCCGGGGGUACUGGGUGAGGCGGUUGGAGCGGGCAGGUCGUCCUCGAUGAGGAUAUUGGACAUGACGGGGCCCGAGGCCAGGGUGCUGGACGCAUCGGCGGGGGUCGGUGGGGUGACGGUCGCCCCCGUCGCCGUCGCCAAGGAAGACGAGAAGCUGCCACUCAAGGCAAGAGUUCACGAUCGACGGAUGCGAGCGAACAGAGAGGCACAGCACAUCCAUGUGUGUCGGUGCGUCUUGCCAUGCAUGCAGGAGCUUCGAUACAACCUUCGCGUGACGGUGCUAGCGCUCGAGAGGGAGGUCAUGUCGGUGGCCCGCGACAGGAAGCAGCAGCAGGACGCCCUCCUCAACAUGUCACACGAGAAGGAACAGCUGGCAAAGGGCGCAGAGAUGAUCGAGGACGAAGCCAUCCACAUGGAGGCCAUCCUCGACCGGCUCUCGGGCUGCAAGGUCCGCCUCGCCGACGGCACCAUGUCGCUCGCCGAGCUGACCAGCGAGUUCCGGCAGAUACAGAGGGACUACCCCCACGAGUACGUCGCCCACAGCAUCCCAGCCGUCGGCCUUUCCUUCGUAUUCCCGGCUUUGCGGGCCGUCUACCAGGACUGGCAGCCGCUCGCCGACCCGACACGCGGCGUGGCUGAGCUGCAGCAGUGGGCGGGGCUGUGUGGGGCCGAGGGGCUGGCGCGUGUGACGGACGAGCUGAUAGUGCCGUGCAUCCGCUCGUGCGUCACCAAUGUGUGGCUGGUGCGUGAGGUGGAGGGUAUGGUGAAGCUGGUGGAGAGCUGGCAGCCACUCCUCCCUGUCGGCGUCUUCCAAUCGCUGCUCACCGAGGGCAUCCUGCCCAGACUAGUGGCCGAGGUGAGGCAGGGGGGGAGGAAAGGCAGGCAGAAACAUUGCCGUGUCGGUCGAUGGAUUUGUGUGUGGAUUGGAUUGGAUCGGUUCUAUAUGAUCGGUCAGGUUGAGGCGUGGAAUCCACGGACGGACCCCGUGCCCAUCCACACGUGGGUGCAUCCGUGGCUGCCCAUCAUGGGCCCCCUCCUUGAGGGACUGUGGGCACCCAUCCGAUUCAAAGUUGCCCUAUGCCUGCAGCACUGGCACCCUGCUGACAGGUACGGUGGAUGCGGGGCGGGGCGCAUGUGAGUGUGCACACGUUGCGGGAGGGAGUCGAUCGAUCUGAUCUACUUGAUGUGCUGUGCUGUGCGUGAGUGUGUGCAGGUCAGCGGUUCACAUGCUGAAGCCGUGGCGCGACGUGAUGGAUGCGGCCAACUGGGGGCAGCUGAUGCUCAGGAGCGUCAUGCCCAAACUCAGAGACCAACUCACCACCAUGCAGGUCAGUCAGUCAGUCAGCUGAGUCAGCUGAGCUGACGGCCACAGAUGAAGGGAGAGAUGGAUAUCAUGAUCGACGUCUCCCUCUCCUCUCUGUGUGUGUAUGUCAGGUUCGGCCCGACAGUCAGUCGCUAGCGCCGCUGCAGAACGUCUUUGCGUGGCUGGAUGUGGCCCCGCUUGACGCCAUCGUGGCCCUACUCGAGACGCACUUCAUCCCGCAAUGGCUGCAGGUACAAUAGGCGGCCGACACAAUGCAUUCAAUGGAGCGAGAGGUCACGCUUGCUCCCGCCCCCUUGUCUGUCUGUCUGUCUGUCUGUGUCUUUUUUCUCUCUUGUCGCUGCAGGCGCUUCAGGUGUGGAUCAGCACGCCCGGCGCGGACCCCGAGGAGAUGAUGAAGUGGUACCAGGGGUGGAAGACCGUCUUCCCCGAGGCACUCCUCACACAGCCACGCAUCCAGCAGGGCUUCAUGCAAGCCGUCCACAUGAUGAAGGCAUUCGCCACACAAUCCACCACACCACCAGCGGCCCCUCCCCCUCCCCCUCCCCCGCCCCCGUCCGAGCCGCCCCCUCCCACCCCCGAGGACCGCCUGGCUGCAGCGUCGUUCCGCGAGUAUUUGGAGCAGGUUGCCAGCGAGAAUGACCUGUUGAUGCGGCCCAAGGUUGGGCGGAUUGUGAAUGGGAAGCAGGUGCAUGCGUUCGGCCGGGUGAGCCUGUACUUGGACCAGAAUGUGACCUUUGUGCUGCAAGGGGGGGAGUGGAAGGCCGUUAGUGUUGAGGCCCUGCUCGACAUGGCCAAGAAGGGCAAGAUAAGUAGGGCUGGCGGCGGGGCAUGGUGUGGUGUCGUGUAGACUCGUGUGCAUGACGACGGCUAGUUGUGAGGAGAUGCGUGUGAGGCUACUGCCUUGCCAUAGGUAGUU